AUGGCUAUUCAAUUUAUAUUGUGUUUCAAUAAACAAGGUGUUCUAAGAAUCGUACGAUGGUAUGAGAAGAUUGUUUCAGCUGAAUACAAAAAGACUGAAGAUCUAAUAGCACAAAUAUAUAGGUUAAUAUCAUCAAGGGAUCAUAAACAUCAAAGUAAUUUUGUUGAGUUAUCAGCCGCUACAAAACUUGUUUAUAAGAGAUAUGCUGGAUUAUAUUUUGUCAUGGGUGUAGAUAAGAAUGAUGAGGAAGCAAUUUAUUUAGCCAAUAUUCAUUUAUUUGUGGAAACAUUAGAUUCAUUUUUUGGUAAUGUAUGUGAAUUAGAUAUUGUUUUCAAUUUCUACAAGGUUUAUAUGGUACUCGAUGAGAUGUUUUUAGGUGGUGAGAUUCAAGAGGUAUCAAAAGAAAUAUUGUUAGAAAGAAUUAGCGUUUUAGAUAGAUUAGAAUGA